AUGGCUUCAACAUUAUCAUCUCCAUCAUUAUGUCAACAAUCACAAUGUGAUGCAUAUCAAUUUACUAUAUGUCGUCAUUGUCAAUUAUUUCUUUGUAUAAGACAUUUAGCUGAACAUCAACAACAAUUUCCAAGUGAUUUUCAACGUUUAUUAGAUGAUGCACGAAGACAACAAGCACAAUUAGCAUCAUUUGAUAAACGUUUAACUGAACAACGUUUAAAAUUAAAUCAAGUUCUCGAUAAUGAAAUGGAACAUUUUAGACAGUUAAAUGCUUACGUACAAUCAAAAACAUCAGUAGUAAAUAAUAUUGGACCAGAUGAUUUUGUAAAUAUGCGUUCAUGUCUUGCACGAUUACAACAAACAGCUGCUUUUUUACCUGUUAUUGAUAAAAUUGGACAAUUAAUUGGUGAACAUGAAUCAGCGACAGCGACAAAUACUAGUAAUGCUCCAUUUAAUGAUGAAAGUUUAUAUGGUACAUUUGGAGAUUCAAGAUUAUUCGUAUUAUCGAAUCUUAAACAAGAACAACUUGGAAAAAUAACAGAAACUGACGAUGAACUUCAAGAAACUGAAGUCAAUCAACCUCACAAUUCUUUGACGGUUCGAGAAUUAAAAACUUAUAAAUGUGAUUAUUGUCCGUUAACAACAAAUACGUAUGGUAUUGAACGACGUCAUCUAGUUCGUCAUAUUCCAUGUAUUCGUCGAUCAAAUUCUCAAAUAUCUUUAUUUGAACAUCUUAAACAAUAUCAUUAUUUAAAUUAUGCCGCAUCAAUGCAAAUCGUUCGUCUUGUAUCAUCAGGUGAUCUUGAAGAUCAUCCAACAUUAUUUUCUUCGGCAAGUGAAUCAUCAAUUGUUUCUAUACUUCCAUCAUUUUUUCGUGCACCAUGUCCAUUAACACAACAUAAUGUUUAUGGUCUUGGACCAAUGCAUGGUAUACGUUUAUGUUCACCAUCAACCGAACAACAAGAUUUUGCUUUAUAUGAUCAUUUUCUUGCAUUUCAUCAAUUAAAUCGUGCAAGUGCAAUGAAAUUAGUUAAAGCUAUGAUGAAAAAUGAAAAUAGUAGUCAAAGAAUAUUAUUUCGACCUGAUGAACAAGUUUUAAAUGAAACAGCUUAUGUAUCAUGUCCAUUAAGUAAUUAUAAUGCUGUUUUACCACAUCAAGAACGUAUACCACAUACACCAUGUCAAUCAACAGUUAAAUUACGUUAUUUAACUGGACAUUUACGUGAUGUACAUCAUUUAAAUAAAACAGCUGCAAAACGUAUUGCAUCAGCAUUACGUAAUGAACAAGGAACGAUUGAUGGAAGAUCUAUUGGAUUAUUUGAAAGAGAUGAAAAUAUUCUUAAAGCAAAAAAGAAAAAGACCAAUGCAAAUCGUUUUCGACCGCCUGCACAAUUAGCCAAACAUGUUCAACAGAAUACUAAUCAUCAACAACAACAACAACAACAACAGCAGCAGCAGCAGCAGCAACAACAACCUCCACCAUCGUUAUGGUGA